AGAACAAUCCAGUAGGCUGCGAGACAAGACCCUGAACGCACUAAUACUAGCAGUGAACUAUGAAAGAACAAUGUAUUGACAGCUAUUUCAUUUUAAAAACUCGAUGGCAUUUCACCGGUAAACAAUGUGAUCAAUAGGGGCAAUUAUCCUGUUUCGGAUUGUCAUAAACACAUGGCAAGCAACUUGAAAUUUGCUUUAUGAGGCGCACUAUGGCAUCUCAGUCAAGCUUGUACAAUGAAGAGAGGAACCUCCUUCGGAUCCGAGAGUGGGAAAGGAGAAACCAGGAAUCGCUCCAGGAAAAGGAGUUCAGCCAGGAGAAUGUUCCUCUCUUUGGGGAACCCUACAAAACAAACAAAGGAGACGAGCUGUCCAGUCGCAUCCAAAGGAUGCUGGGUAGUUACGAGGACGUGAAUAACCCCCACCCGUGUUUGGACAGCUUCACCAAGGACCCCUCCUCCUCCUCUCAUGUAAUGUUCGGACGGUCCUCACACGGCCGACCCGCUCACACGGACAAAGCAAAGCCUCCAUUCCAGAGCCAGAACCCUUCCCAGUAUGGGUCGGGCCUCAGCGGUAGCAGCAGCAGCAGUGGUAACCCCAGUAGCAGCCACUCUCCUCAGUCACUGAAGAAGCUUCCUGUCCCUGAACCCUAUGGCCCCUCCCCCCGAUAUUCACAAUCCUCCCUCGGCCACGGCCAGGGCAGCCCCCCAAACCCCCACCCGAGGAAGGGGGAAGCCUGGGUCGACCUCAGGGAGUGCACCAGCCUUCCUCCGGUGCUGUCCGCCUUCUCCCCCCCGGCCGAGCCCCUCUCCCCCCUACAUUCCAGUGACCCCAGCGACUCGGAGCCCCAGGACACCGACGACAAGGACACCCCCGAGAGGCAUCAGGGGUUCCCGGGGCACCCGGAGUCCCCCGGCAGCGCCAUGAAGUUGUCCCCCCUGGACCCUCAGAGAGACGCAGCUCCUCCUCCUCCCCAGGCCAACAAGGGCACCGUGCUUCCUUCACAGACCUUUCCUCCACCGCUGGCCUCCAAGCCACCGAACCUGGUCAUGCCUCCGAAGCCCACCGCUUACGUCAGGCCCAUGGAUGGGCAGGAUCAGGUAGUGAACGAGUCGCCGGACCUGAAGACCUCUCCCGAAAGCUUUCACAGUCAGCCCUACGAACCUUUACCCGAGCUGAAGACCAGCAAGCCCAGCCUGUCCAAACUGAAGAUCCCAUCGCAGUCUAUAGAGACCCUGUCAAAUGAAGUACACUGUGUGGAGGACAUUCUGAAGGAAAUGACCCAUUCAUGGCCUCCCCUGCUGACAGCCAUCCACACGCCCAGCACAGCUGAACCCUCCAAGUUCUCCUUCCCUGCCAAGUCUCCCUCCCUCCUGCUAUCUCUCUCUCUCUACCCCGCCCUCCAUCUCUCCCUCCCCUCCACCAUCCAUUUCUUUCUCCUUCCAUCCAUCUCUUCCCCCCCCCCCCUUUCCCCCCACAGUACGGGAGCAGCAGCACAUUCCAGCGGGGUGGAGUCGGCCAGCUCCAGUGACUCUGAGAGCAGCUCGGGGUCCGAGUCGGACAGCGAGAGCAGCGAAGGCGAAGAGGCACCGCUGCCCCUCGGUGGCAGCUCACCUGCGGUCAAGGCCGAGGGCCCCAUGGUGACCAACUGGCAGCUCAACAACUGGAUCAGGGUGAGCCAGCAGAACCCCAGCACAGAGAGCCAGGGGGAAGCCCCCCUCCACAGCCCCACCCCCAAACAGCCCCCGGGCCACGAGGUGGAGGAGGAAGGGGUCGCGGCAGCCAACCACAGCCUCGAGUUCAGCGACAAUCAGGCCAAGCCCCAGCGCGAGGGCACCCACAACAACCAACAUGGCCGCCAUAAGCCCCCACCCGCCGCCGUCGCCGCCUCGUCCUCCUCCUCUUCUUCCUCCUCCCACAACCCCAGCAGCCAGAGGAAGACCGUGGGCAACAAGCACCCCUCCAAACCUGCCAAGUCCUCCCGCCCCGACGACCCGCGACCUCAGGCGGGCCUGCGGGUGGAGAGCGUGGAGGUGGCCCCCCGGGAUAAAGACCCCUCGUUCACAGACAGGCCCAAGGUGAAAACGAAAAUGGGGCACGGCAAGAGCGGCGCAGGUAAGACGGACGCUAAGAAGUCGGCCAAGCGCUCCUCCUCGGACAAGAGGAAGGCGGAGGCCGCCUCCCAGGGGCCCAAGGUGACGCUGGCGCCCAACUGUAAGAGGGAGGCCGACAGAGGGCCUUCCCCCAGCCCCCGUCCCAGGCCCAGCCCUGCCCCUGUGGAGCAGCCCUCCCCCGCUCCGGCCCCUGCCCCGGCCUCAGCCCCCAACCUGGCACAGAUAGCCAAAACCAGCAGCAGAGUACGAACAGAGACCGUUCCCCAGAAUGGGCAGAAGAAGCCCCCGGGGCCCCCCCGUCCCUCCUCGCCAGCCCUCCAGCCCUCGUCCAAACGGGGGUCCUCCGCCAAGGCCUCCGGGCCCCCUCAGUUCCCCUCCAAAGCCCUGCUGGUGAAGAUCGAGUUGAGCCUUAUCAACAGGGUCCCCCAGUUGUCCAAACCUUCCCAAGAGGGGCAGGACAAAGCCAGGCGGAAGAGACCCCCACCAGAGAGGAGGGACGUCAACAAUGCCGCACCCAUAGCAACCAAAGUCAGCAGAAAGAGGCCGGCUGGCAGUGAGAUCAAAACCCAACCGAAGAAGAGGCCUAAACUGGAGAAGGAGGUUAAGAUUCCACCCUCGUCAUCGGCAGCCGCCGCCGCAGCAGGUCACACUUCCGUCAAAUCAGUGGCCCACGGCGCUCCAGGAGCGGCGAGGGAGAAGAAGAAGGCGAAGAAGGCCUCCCCGCAGCAGCCGCCCACCCCCCAGGACCCCGGCAAGGCGCCCGGGCAGAAACGUCCGGCCGAGGAAGGGCCCAGCACAGCGCCCAACACUAAGAACCCCCCCGCCAAGCACAAGAAGAGCUCCGGGAAGCGCACGGAGCACUCCAAGACUGGCAAGAAGGCCCCCAAGACCAGCUUUGUUGUGCCGGCGACCACCUCGCUGAACGGCAGGCCUCUGCUCAAGUUUGAGGAGAGACAGUACCCAGUAGAGCACCAUAUGAAGGAAGCCAAAAAGCUGAAGCACAAAGCGGAUGAUACGUCUGACAAGGUCAGUAAAGCCUUCAACUACCUGGACGCGGCCAUGUCCUUCGUGGAGAGCGGCAUCGCCAUGGAAACGGACCCCCAGACGCCAAAGUCGGCAUACACCAUGUUCGCAGAGACACUGGAUCUGAUCAGAUUCAUAAUGAAAUUGAAGAACUCCAUGGACCCCUCCGCCCCUUCCACAGAGAGGGACUUCACGGUCUUAUGUAUGAAAGGCCAGUCCCUCUUGCAAAUGGCCAUGUUCCGCUACAAACGAGAAGUCGCUCUCAAGUAUUCUAGGACCCUCACCGAUCAUUUCAAGAGCUCAUCAAAGACAGCUCAGGCCCCCUCCCCCUGCAUCUCAAAAGGCACGGGCGCCCCGUCCCCCAUGUCCCCCAUGCCCUCCCCGGCCAGCGCCAGCAGCUCCGGCCCGGGGUCCAACCACAGCGGCGGGGCGGCGGGGGCGGCCAGCAACACGGUGUCCAUCCCCCAGGUGAUCCAGCAGGUGGCGUGCUCCUACGUCAACAUCACGGCCCUCUUCCUCAACGCCCACGACGCGUGGGAGCAGGCCCAGGAGCUGGCACCAAGGGGCAGUGGUGUGCUGUCAGAGCUGGACUCAGCCCUGGGCCCCCUGAGCCUGACCUCCAGCAUGGCGUCGCUGGUGCGCUACACCCGCCAGGGCCUGCACUGGCUCCGGCUGGACACCCGGGGUAUGCAGUGACAGUGCCUCCCACAGGCAUCCCUCCGUGGGACGCUCGCCCCUCCCCCACCCACCUCACCUCGGACACUUCCCGCCAAACCUCACACACUCGCACUGCCUGAGCCUCGCCCUGGACAGUCCAGCUCGAUUUCCAAGCGGCCUGUUUGAAGAGGCGCUCGACUCUACACGGGGGACACCGGGGGUCGCCCGAUUCUCAGCUUCUGCCCUAUCCUCCCGCUAUCUGCGUAAGGUAGAAAGGUUCACUGCGGUUUGGACCCGUCAACAGUAGGUUCCAUUUAUAUCGGACGUGCAGAGUUCCGUACUUCUGUUGAUCCCCCAUGGAAGGUUCACCCAACAAAUCCUAUCCUGCCGCCUGAACACCCUGUCCUCUUUCCUCCCCUGGCUUCGGUGCCUGGUCCUGGGCAUCAGUCUGGAGGCAUCCCUUUUGGGGGACGGUUCUAGAAUCGGGGGGGGGGGGGGGGGGGGGGGGGGGGGGGCUGGUCUGGAAGUUCUAGUGCUCCCGAAAAGUUCAGGGAGAAAGUGUGUAGGUGUAGGGCCCGGAGUGUCUGUCAAGUAGAACAAGGGAAUCAUGUCGGCUGGGUUCCAUUUUUAUCUGCAAUGUUCUUGCAUGUUCCACCUGACUGAAGAGGGCCUGGUCUCUGGUGUCGUGACAGCAGCUUCCCACUCUUGUUCUAUGGUGCUGUGUGAAACCAUGAUGGGACACAGGAUGCUUAUUUAUUAGCCUUAUUAUCAUGAUCUUUUGUUAUCAUUUAUUAUCAGUAGUAGUAAUAUAUUGUCGUUGAUGUGAAAUGAACUUUGUUUGAUUUGAGGGGUGGUCACGGGCAAUGUUUACUUCAUCCAACUGGAAAUGCCUGGAGAACAAAAGGGUAUACCCACGCCAUCCCAGAAUAGUCUGCAGCUCUAUCUGGCUUUUCUAUCUGCAUCACUCGCAAGGGUUCAAAGAAUCUUUCGCCAAAUGCACCGGCCCGACUGUUCUGGAGCUCUGCUUGGACAAAAGAUAGGAUGUUUUUUUUCGUAAUCACUAAUGUUUCUUUACCCGUUCUCUUCAAAAGAGAUUGAGUAAACCUUCAAGUACAGGGUCCACUGUGUACAUUUAGACACCCGAUUUUUACAACAUUAGAAUUGAUUUACUUUUUUAAUCAAUAAUCAUGGUUUAUCGAAACAAUAAGACAAGAACCCAAGUGGUCUCGCGACCGGAGGUCGACCAGUAAAUCAGUGACACAUUUAUCUACUCAGAGAGUAAACCCCUUAACUCGCAUGAUGAUAAACUGAACAUGCAAAGUCAAGCUAACUGAAAGGGAGGGACAACUGUUUUAUGUAGACAGCGAAAAGCUAAUCCCGCCUGCGAUGGCGCGCACACAAACGUUCGGCCCCCGGCUCCAAACGGCCGAGUCAGAAGACGACGUUCAAACGUUCCCUUUUUAAUAUAUACGAUAUCAUGAUCCCACCCAUAGCUAUGUGAGAGUGUUAGGUUUUAGGUUGAGACUUGGUUUCAGGAGACUUGUCCCUACCCCCCAGUGCCUUAGAUAUCGGAGACUUGAGCUUGUCAUUAUUAUUAUUAUUAUUAUUGAAUGUUAUAGCCAUCACUAGGAAUCAGCUAGAAAGUUGAGUUGCAGAGACUUGAUGCGAAUGUGAAUGUGAUGGUCAGUGAGGGGAAGGGAAAGUCCAAACAAAUCUUGAGUAUUGCUGCUUUUUUUUUUCUUCUUCUAAGAAAACGACUACCCUCCGUCGAAGCGGAGGUGAAUUCCGUAAUGGCGGACGGAAAUCUCACCUCUGACCUUUUUAAACCCAGUGCCCAUAAUUAUUGAGUGCCUGUUGACAUAUUAGUCUACUCUUAAGUCUUACUCUUUCAGUGUGCAACGAAUCACGUCCCCAUUUGUGGAUUUAAAGAAUUUCAAUUCAAUUAUGGGUUAGCUAACUAGGAACUGAAGGGGCCACUUCUGGGAGGUAAAGAGAGAGGGGAGAAGUACCUGAUCAGACUAAUGCAUUUCUUUGAUUAUUUCAUGAGGAUGGUCUUAUCAUGGACUAAUAGGAUCAUAAGAGAUUAACUCCAUUUCCUCUUGGAAAAUCUGAUGGUCCACAUUAGCCAUAUGUCUGUUCCUUUGAUCUCUGUAAGAUGGGUGUUUCCCACGGCUUUGGUAUUACAAAUGUAUAUUUACAUCAGUGGUUAUUUAUUGUUUAGGACAUGCUAACAAAAAAGUGUUUCUUUUUAUUUAUUUUUCUUGGAAUCAAACCAAUAUUCUGAGCUCCUUCCCAUCCCUUUUUUUAUUUUUAUUUUCUUCCACCAACUAAAAAUGCUUAGGUUAAGGUUAGUGGCCAAUACAUUUAAUUUGCACUUUGGGAUAUUUUCGGUUUUAUUCAGUGUUCUCUGGGAACAGAAUACAACGUAGAGUUCUUAAGAAGGGCUAACACGAGUUGGUCUACAUGACUCAGGAUCUCCUGAGCAAUAAACACAAGGUAUUUCAAAUAGUGAAAUGUGUUCGGAAAGAUCGACAAGCGGUUUAGACCACAAUGCGUAGCUUGUAAUUGAGUAAAUCUGUGUCAUUAGUUAUUUGAAGUUUUAUUGUUACUAUUCUGUGUGAAUCGGGGGCUCACUGGAAAACAAGCUAUAUUGGAGUUCAAUGAUACAAGGGCUGCACAGGAAAUAAUCACAACAGAACAAUGCGUUUGUGUAUUUAUUUGAUCUCAAAAAGUAUAAAUUGAGUACAUUGGUACCUUUAGGUUUUAGGUUUUGUUGUUUAUUCUUUGUUCCUGUUAAGUAGGCUGCUUUACUAGCAAGCAUACUUUGGAGUUUCCUGAUUUCAAUGGCAAUUCUGCACAUGGAUUAAAUUGGCAUGUUGGGAGUUUGACAUAUUUCUCAGUAGUGUUACAUGCUGUUGUCUUUCUCAUGCUAUGUCAUGCUUCCUUUCAACAUUUUAUUAUGUGCGCUACAUUUGGUAUUCCAUGUGCAACAUGAUCAUUGUUGUCCAUUGAAAAAAAGAUCACACUAAAAGGAUCUUCAUAUCUGGUCAUUUACUGGGAAAAUGUGCAGCAAUGUUUUGUAAUUCAACUUUUUGCCUUGUGAAAAUAUGUAAAUAGUUUGAUCUGCAAUGUACAGAGAUGUAUAAAGACUGAUUGGCAGUGAAUUUAGGUUAUCUUUUAUUCUGAGAACUUCCUUGUUUUCCAAAGAAGCUGUCCUACAGACCUUUUGUAGCUUGGCUGCUUUAGCAGAAGAUGAAUUGUUGAAAAUGUUCGCUGGUUCAAAGGUACGUUUCGGCCAUCCAGACCAGAAUUCUGCUGUGUCAUGUUUUGAGGCAAUAAAGUUUGGGGAAUACAAUA